UCACUCAAUUUUUAUUUUUAUAAAAAUCAUCACAAAACAACACUAAUUAAGAAUUAAACAUUAAAAUAAUUACAAAGCAUUUAUUUAAUUAUUUAAAUAAUAUUAAAAAUAUUAUUAUAAACUUAAAGAUAAUUUUUUAAGUUUAAUUUUAAAAAAUAAUUUGACAGUGUAAGAGAACCAAAAAAAAAAAAAAUUGUUGUCUACUUUCAUGAAGCAACAAUUCAAAAAAAUAUUAAUUAACGAUUAUAACCUACAAAAAAAAUAUUCUGUUGUAGCGUUGAAGAUUGUUGUAAAAAAAAAAAAAAAAAAGAUAUCAAAACUAUUGAGAUAAAGUGUACAACAACAAAAAAAAAAAACGGCAUCCCGAAGAAAAUCAUCUUCAAGGAUGUCCGAGGCGGAGGAACUCGAGAGUAUGCUAUUGACUUUUCGGGUAUCUGAACUUCAGACACUAUUAGGUUUUGCUGGAAGAAAUAAGUCAGGAAGAAAAAACGAAUUACAACAGCGUGCUUUAGAAUUAUUGAGACUCAAUUCAAAACCAGUUGGAGUUAAAAUACGUGAUCUCUACAAAACAAUUCAGGCCGAUCAACUUGUAUCACAUCAGAUGUACGGUCAAAGUGGCCCUACAAACGAAUCAAUUGAUCAAAAUAUUCAUCGUAACGAAGACACUAGAGUCAUGCGUCGUGUUGGACAACCAGGUCAAUCCCAAUCAUCGGCACAACAUGCCAAGGAUUUACCACCAGCUCAUCAAGCAUCAAUGCCUCAAUCACAAGUUGGUAGAUCAGGACCAGUAUAUCAACAGCCAAAUUAUGGUAAUGUUGGUCCACAAAGAACAAAUAAUACAGUAUAUCCAACAUAUCCAUAUCAACAACAAAAAAUAAUAUCACCAAUGCAAUUACAACCAAGUCAACCAUAUGUUGUACAUCCAGAUGUUAAACUUAAAAAAUUACCAUUUUUUGAUUUACUUGGUGAAAUACUUAAACCAUCAAGUUUAAUGCCACAAGGUACAAUGAGAUUACAAGAAAGUCCAUUUACAUUCCAUUUAACACCACAACAAGCAACUGAUAUUGCAAGUUCACGUGAUUGUCGUACUGGUGCUAAAAUGGAAUAUAUUAUACAAGUACAAAUGAGAUUUUGUUUACAAGAAACAUCAUGUGAACAAGAAGAUUAUUUUCCACCAAGUGUUGCUGUUAAAGUUAAUGGUAAACCAUGCCCAUUACCAAAUCCAAUACCAACAAAUAAACCUGGUGUUGAACCAAAAAGACCACCAAGACCAGUUAAUAUUAGUCCACUUAUUAAAUUAUCACCAACAGUACCAAAUCAAAUAUCAGUAUCAUGGUCUGCUGAUUAUGGUAGAAGAUAUGCUGUUGCAAUAUAUCUUGUUAAAAAAUUAACAAGUACUGAAUUAUUAACAAGAUUAAAAGGACGUGGUCCAAGACAUCCUGAUUUUACACGUGGUUUAAUUAAAGAAAAAUUAAAUGAAGAUGCUGAUAGUGAAAUUGCAACAACAUCAUUAAGAGUAUCAUUAGCAUGUCCACUUGGUAAAAUGCGUAUGAGUACACCAUGUCGUGCAACAACUUGUAUGCAUUUACAAUGUUUUGAUGCAUCAUUAUAUUUACAAAUGAAUGAAAGAAAACCAACAUGGAAUUGUCCAGUAUGUGAUAAAUCAGCAUUAUAUGAUAAUCUUGUUAUUGAUGGAUAUUUUCAAGAUGUAUUAACAUCAAAUAAAUUAAUUGGUGAUUCAAAUGAAAUUCAAUUAUUACAAGAUGGCUCAUGGGAAAAUUUAGUAUUAAAAAAAGAUAAAGAUAAAGAUAAAAAUGAAUCUAAAACAGAAACAAAAACACGUACAAAAAUUGAACCUGAUACUGUUGAUUUAGAUGAAACAAAUUCAUCAGUACCAUCAUCAAAACCAGCUGAAAAAAAAAAUGCACCACUUGUUGUUUUAAUAUCAUCAGAUGAUGAUGACGAUGAUGAUGAUGAUGAUGAUCCAUCAAAUAAUAAAACUGCUAAAAAAUUUCAUGCUAGUAAUGAUCAUAAUACAAGAAGUAGCAGUGGUUCUCUAGAUGAUCUUGUUAUUAUAGAAUGACUUUAAAUAAUAAUUAUAAUUUCUUUUUUUUUUUUUUUUUUUAAUUUUCUAAAUUUAAGAUAUUGAUAAUUUUUUUUUCAACUUGUUUUUUUUUUUUCUCGUCUUGACGCACAGUUAAACUGUCGUUUCAUUGUUUAUACAUCAUUGAGUCAAUGUGCUUACCAAAGUUGAUCUUUAAAAAAAAACAUUACUAAAAGCCGUUUUCAUUUUUUUUUUUUUUUUUCUUCAAAGAUCGAAUGUAUGAUGAUAAUUUAAAAAAUUAAAAAUAUCAACAUUUGUAUGUUUUUUAAAUAAUAAAAAUUAGAGUUAAAAAAAAAAUUAGUUGAUAAAUUCCCAUUAGAAAUAAAUGAUGAUUAUUUGUAACUGUAAAAUCAGUGAUGCUGACAUAAUAAUGCUG